GCCUUGAAGGUGGUGGAGGAAGCCGAAGAAGAGGGAGGGGAUGUUAAAAUUUGACGUGACCCGAGGAAAGGGUCGAGGCAGGCUGCAGAUAAAAACGCAGCGGGGUGCGCGGUGCUACACGCGCACGGUAGUAGUACGGUCUGACGGCGCUUGGCCCAACCCCGAAUGCCGUGAGAGAAACGGCGAUGACGCCAGCGCGUCAUCGGCAUCUGUGGAGAGGAGGGGAGGGGGACCUGUCUGUGCAGUUUGAACGGAGAAGGGAAAGUGUCAGCCAGCGCAGUGCCCGGAGGCUCCACGUCCACGGCAACGCUUCGGUCACGCGUGCGUCCACAGCUGGCUCGGGAAAAGGAUGCUGCCCCGCAUCUCUCUCAGAAUCCCCGCUGUCUGACUGUUGAUUGGUUUAUUUGUCUCGCGCUGCGCUCUCCUCGCAUCUUCGCGGCGCCGUAAACUUUACAGGCAAAUGAGUCGGAUCUGACCAAUUAAAAGUACCGAAAGAGACGCAGAAGUCAGGACGCGGAAAAUGUCCACGACGCACGUCGGCUCUCCGGCGCCCAACCAGAGCGACCUGUCCGCGGCCACCGACGAGAACGCGGACCCCUCGGGGGCGGAGGGGCACGCUCGCCGGCUGCUUUUCGGCUUGUGCGUAACCAUCGCCGCCGCUACGCUCGUCGGAGGGGUGUAUUCGCUGCUCUCGCUUCUGCGGAUGAGGAGAAAGACGCCCCUGUGUCUCAUCGUGGCUUCCAUGUCGGUGGACGACCUUCUCAGCGUGGUGCCCCUCUCCCUGUUCAUGCUCCUCCAGUGGGAGACAGAUGGGGGCGGGGGGUCGGGCCGCCUGUGCACUUUAUCUGGACUUCUGUACGUGUUCCAGGGUGUUUCUAGCAAUAUGAAAGCCUGUCUCAUAGCAGCUUACACUUUUUAUGUCACCAAGAGGUUCGGAGUGCUCCAGUCCGUCCGCCGGCCCCUCAUGGUGAUGUGGGCGAUCGCCGGCGUGUGGGCGGUGAGUCUGACCGUCAGCGUGUUACCUGUGUGCGGCUGGGGCAGCUUCACGCCGGCAUCCCUCGGGUGUUUCCCAGGGAGCGACAGUUUUUAUAUCGUGCUGCUUUUCUCUUUAUACACCCUGUGUCUGUGCGGCUUGUUGGUCUUCUUCACCCCCCUCACACAUCAGCUGCUGUGCUCGAGGGAGCCCCAGAGGACUUUGCUCUACCCGGGCUACUUGGAGAUGGCCAGAGGACUGAGCGCUUCCGCUCCGCUCUGCGACCUCCAGUCUUUUUCUAGGGACAGCCUGAAUAAAAGUUUCGGCGACUACAAGGAGCUGAGCCCCAGUUCGUGCGGCACGCAGCCGAGGGGGAGAGAGGACCCCUACCCGUCCCCGGUGUCCGUCGGCGAGCAGAGGGCUGCCGCUGUCGGAGACACGCCGGUGGUUUUCGCGCAGAAGCGCUUCUCCAUGAUCCUGGCGGUUGUCCGAGUGGUUCUGUGGAUGCCAAUGAUGACUUUGCUCCUGGUGCGCCAUGUGGUGAACGCACGCAGCUCCUCCCUGGAGACCUUGAGCUUCUUUCUGACUCUGCUCGCGCCUGCGGUGACUCCAUUAUUCGUGCUGUCUGAACGCUGGAUCCACAUGCCGUGUGGCUGCUUCAUCAACUGCAAACGGGAUCCAAAGCAAGAAGCCUCAGCGAACAAAAGAAGAUUUGAGUUCAACCUUUCCUUUCAACAAGGCUAUGGAGUGUACAAACUGUCACACGCGACCGCAUCCCAUAACAGUCCACCACUUGAGAAGCCUCCCUAUCACAGCCUCUAUAACUGUGACUUCCCAAACACACGUCUCGAUGCACUAGAAUGUGCCGGGCUCUCAAGUUUGGGCCCUCAUUUUGAUUUCAGCACCACCUGCCAAGUGGACAGCUCCUCUCACGCGGACCUCCUGUUGGAGGCGGUGGCUGGUGGAGGAGAGGCGCUGGCUGAUUGUCCUCCCCUUCCCCAUGAGGACCAUGGGGAUGAUGACGACUUCCGCUGUGUCCCAUCGCUGCCCCCUCAUCACCGGGAGAAGGAUCACAACGACACUUCAUCUGUGUUCGAGGGGCCGGAGAGGAGGCUGUCACACGAGGAGUGUCGGAAGAUCGAACUGUCAGACUGGGAGUGGUGCAGGAGUAAAUCCGAGCGAACACCCAGACAGCGGUCAUCGGGGGGCCUGUCCAUCCCUCUGUGCGCCUUUCAGGGCACUGUGUCCUUACAGGCACCCACGGGGAAGACCCUCUCGCUCUCCACCUACGAGGUCAGCAGCGACGGACUCAAGAUCUCCCCGAACAACACCAAGAAGGUGGAGGUGUAUCGCUCCAAAUCCGUCGGCCACGAGCCCAGCGCAGACGAACCAACGUCGGGGGGUCAGGCUGGAGACAUAAACGUCAGCAGCAUAGGGAUGGGCAUGGAGAUCGGCAUGGGGAUGGGAAUAGGGGCUGGCGUGGGGGACACCAAUGUCAAGAUCCACCUGGAGGUGCUGGAAAUCUGCGACAACGAGGAGGCCAUGGACAGCGUCUCCAUCAUCUCCAACAUCAGCCAGUCGUCCACCCACGCCCGCUCGCCCUCGCUGCGCUACUCGCGGCGGGAGAACCGCUUCGUCUCCUGCGACCUGGGCGAGACGGCGUCCUACUCCCUGCUCAUCCCCAGCAGCGGCACCGCCGAGACGGAGACCAUCAACAUCAGCAUCCCGGACACCGUGGAGGCCCACCGGCAGAACAGUCGGCGGCAGAUGCAGGAGAGCUGUGGGUACCAGGAGGAGAUCCAGCUGCUCAACGAGGCCUACAGGAAGCAGGCCGGGGACGGGCAGGAGUGAGGACGCGGAGGCUUGACAACAUGGACUUGUCAUCACCACUAAGAGAACCCGCACAUCUAAAUAGAUCCUUUGCUUAAGACUGUUAUAACAGCCUGUUUGCUUACUCCUGUACUUCCUCUUUAAAUAGCAUAAUGAAAGCACACACAUCACCUGUCUGUAGAGUACACAGGCACCGAUUAGAUUGUAGGAGAACAGAUAGUAGUAAAUUAGGGCAAACAAGGAAGGAGAACCAGUAUUCUGGCAAAGCAUCUGUAUUCCUGUAAGACACUCACCAUAUGGCAGCUUGUCAUGGAAUAAUAUACAUGCAAUUUGGAAAAGUAGGAACUGAAGGGUUCAGAUGAAGCUGCUACUACGUCACUGUUGACUCAGCUGUAAGGGGAGGGGUCACCUGACCCGUGUGUGUGACUCAUCCCCGUGUGUGUGUUAGUGUGUGAGAAGCAUCCUUGCCCGCAAAGACAAGGACGUAUGGUCUGUGACGUCAGCAGCCAGAAGUAUUCACCCAUACAGGACGUUUUACUCGUUAGGAUGUGUUUAUUCUGCCUAUACGGUUAAUUUACGCGUCCCUUUUUGUUCUCGACGUAUAGCAGCUGUCGUGUCGUGUCAUGUCGCGAGUUACACAAUUAAUGUUGCUGCUGGCAGCCUGGAAAGCGAGAGGCCAUUAUCCGUUGUGACAAUCUAAAAGAGGAGGAGAGAGAGGCGCGCAUUAGAGGGGCAGAUUAGGUCGAGAGCUGCGGGUUCCUGCCUCGUGUCACACAUCUUACUACAGUAGGCAGCGCAUGAAUGUAUAUUAAACAGCCACUUUUGGGUGUCACGGCUCUGCCGGCUCAGUUCACUGCCCAUCCAGACAGCGAGCCGCUGGGUCCUCGCUCCCUCUGGUCCAUGCAUGCAUCAAUUCAGAAAAGAAAUAAGGUUUUCACGCAUCGCUGUGGAUUUUAGAGCAUUACAUUGACUGUUAAUAUCCUUCACAAGCGUCUAGUUAUUAUAUAUGUAAAGCUCACAUGUACACGUGUGCAAACAGCAGAAACAUAAUUCAGUAAGUAUACAGAGUCAUUUUAAUAUGUAUAUAUAUAUAUGCAUUUAGGUUUGUUUUAUGGUGGUGUCUUCUUUACUGUGUGUCAGCUGGCGGCGCUUUGUGGGCUUCAUUUGCAGCCGUUUGAAUCGUCCUUUAGUGAACCCACUCCAUCAGCGGCAACGUGUCCCAUCCUCCUGAAGAAUGUUGUCAUUAAAGAUUCAUACCUGAAAAUUGCCUCUAACGAGAUUGCAGUGCAUUCCCAUUUCCAGCGCUCCUGGGCAAAGCAUCAAAAAAAGCAAAUAAUGCACAGGCGUAUGAAUCAUAAUGAAUGUAAAGUUGGAUCCAGUGUCAGCCAUUUCAGCUCUUAAUGGUGCCAAAGGUUUGUUUGAGCCGAGCAGGGCUUCGGCUCUGCAGCUUAACCAGAGUGGAUUCAUUCGAUGCUGUGCUUAUGCUCACUUUUAAACAGGACGCCGGUUCGGCUCGGGCUAAGUGUUCUCGUGAAUCAUGCUGAUCAAUAAAGUGUAUGUGAGAAUUAGGAACUGAACGUCACCCGUACAAGUGUUUACUGCCGGUCAUCAGCGUAAUACACAGACGACUCAAAUGGGAUUUAUUACAGAGUAAGAGCAAAUGAAGUGCAAGUAUUACUUCAGAGGUUGUACUAGUGCUGUGGCUCUAGGUUAACAGUAAUGCAACAGAUCAGCUUAAACUAUUAGUGUAGAGACACAAAUAAUUCCUCAUAUUUUUUUGCGUACAUGCAGACGCUUUGAGAUGGAGUCUUUGUGUGAGCAGAAAUGAGGGAAGGAGACUGAGACUGAGGAUGAGGCUGAGGCUGAGGCUGGAAGGAAAAUAAAAGGGAAACUAGAGAAAAUGACACACGGCAGCAAAAACAAAAGCCAAAUUAUAUAAAGACUGUAAUCACCAGGGGCCUUGACCAGCAGCUAUUAGUGAUGUUUUUAUCAUUUCUCUCUGAUCUAAAGACUUUCAUCUCCCACUCACAGCCUCUUAUUAUGCCGCAGCAAUGAGGUGCAGUUAGAGCAACAUCAAAUCAGGGGCAUCAGUGGCACUGAGACAUCCAGUCAACGCUUUCCAUGAGCACAGCAUGUAUCCAUUAAACCCCCCCCCCCCCCCCCCCAAAAAAAAUGUUUAAACGGUAAGUUUUUUUAUUGUAGUGUAAUGACUCAUCAGGGUCAAAGGUUAAUUGUAUGCAUCACAGGCAUCCUAGCAAGUAUGACAAGUGAGAGGAGUAGGGGGAGUGGGGGAGACUGGGCCUUUUCAUUUCCUUUUGUUUUUACGUCCCCUCUUCGGGGGCGGGGGAGGUUGGGGGGGUAUCUUUCACUCACCUAAUUUAUCACUAUUCUGCCUGAAUGCUUUGACUCUAUGGCUCCAGCUCAUUCUCGAAAUCGCUCUUGUGGUUUGUCCGGAGCUAUUAGCUGAGAUUUUGAUAGUGCUCACAAGUUUCCAAAAUAAUGAUACAGACAACAGCUAAUGGAUUACUCUGCACUAAUUUGCACAAACAAAAAAAAAGGGCUUGGAUUUUUUUUGAGCACCUAGCUGUGCUCAUAAACAGAACACAACACCAAAUAUAUAAUACACAGCAUAUGGAAAAAAAAAGGAAAUUAAUUCAGGACACUCUCAGAGAAGCUGUUCAGUAGAAGAGUAAAAAGCCAGACACCAGUGGUUUAAUUGUAUCUCCAGUUGAAACUGUUUUUGUCAGACGUUUUUCAUUUGUGAAACUUUGGUAAUAAAACUAGCGACAUAUAAGAUGUUUUAUAAGAAAUUAGCCCUAUUUGCCAGCGUAGCUCUGAACUGCUUUUGUGCGGCAACUUUAGCUUUUUAAAGAUCUGCAUUAGAAUUCAUUUGAUUUUGAAAUUUAUGAAUCCAUUUUCCCUCGCCUCCCGUCUACAGAAGUGAGAUAUCAUCUAUUUAGCUUCCUAGCCAGGGGAUUCUUUUUUGAAGAAAUCUUUUGCGACGUGAAACUACUUUUUCUAACAGGAGCUUCAAUACAAGCUUGUGUAAUUUUGGGAAAAAAACAUAUUGUUGGCCCCUGGGGAUUGACUAAAUAGUUUUUUUAACAGGUAAACAUUAUUCAACAGCAACAAUGCAAGCAAAUAAGCAACAAUGAUUUGUAUUUUAUACACUUUUUAAGAAAUGAAGUGAGAAAUUGGACAAGAUGUUGUCCAAUUUCUCAAAUGUUGUCAUGGCCAUUUUAUGUUUCUUGGAUACAUUAUUCCAGUGAGGCUGUACACUGAUGCAGCUGCAAUAAGACAAUGGAGAGUCAGGAUACAGAGGUGCUUAGUUUUACAUAAGAAAGGGUGGAGACUCACAGGAGGAAACGCAUUUGGUACAAUGAAAAGAAUAGCAGCCAAGGGAUACAUUUCCUAAGGUUUAAUAAAAAUGCCAAAUUUUUAAUUGUUGCAUAACAGUAAUUACACUAUGUUCUCCCAGUAUUUUCCUGUUGGCUCAGACAGGUACAUGGCCAUGUUUGAGACUGAUAUUGAUUUAAUGUGAGAAAGCUAAAAAAACACACACCUUAGCCUCCACACAACGCGACGAGAAUCCAUUUCAACCAGACAAAUAAAUCUUCAAAACUCUGGAAAUAAUCUUCACCUGCAGAUUUCCCUGAGUACAAAAUGACACCAUGAAAAAGAAUAAGCUGAGCAGAUUCUCAUAUAGCACUUGAUAAAAUUAAAGACACCAUGUCCUUGAAAAAGAGAGCCGUGAAAGGACGAAGCUUAUUUCUUAGUAGAGAUACGAGCUGCUUCAUGACAGCAACGCAGAGCUUGAGGAUUAGGUCUCUUAUGAGCAUCUUACAUAAACCCGAAUGGUCCCACCAUAUAUGUCAUUCCUCUUUCUGUUCCCUUAUCUUUGCAGUGACACUAAUUGGAUGCAUUUAAUUGUCUUUACAAGACAAAGACAGAAGGAGGGAAAAUUAGAGACAGAGAACAGGAACAAGCACAUUUUUCUGUCAUUUUAUACUCCGGAUGAAUUCAAAGGGAGAUCAUUAAGUAAAUGAAGUGACUGUAACGAUUUGCUGUAUGAAUGAUAAAAAACUAACAGCCUCUCUAAAAAGAGAAUACAACAAUAUAGAUAUACCUAAUUACAUGUUAUCUGUUGAGGUAUUAGUAGUAUAGUCAUGUAAAAUAUGAUUUAAUGAACUUCACUAAUUAAUAAUGUACUGUAGUUGGUACACUAUAGAGAGUGACACUUUGUAGUUGCCAUCACAGAAUGUAUUUGGUGUAAAAAUGAAGCAAAAGCUUUGAAUCUGCUAAAGGUCCAUAUUAACCUUAAUGCAGCAGAGCCUUAAGGUACAACGGUCUACAUUAGUCAAGGUAGAUCUGUUUCAUUUCACUGUAACCUUUAAGGUCCAGACAGCAGGUCAUUCGUUAAUGUUCUGGCUGACUUGGCCAAAGCAGUGCACAGACUGUCUCUGACUAUGUGUUUGUGUGUAUGAUGAGGACUUUAGGAUUUGACUACAGCACCUGACGAGAUAUUUUUACAUAUAUUUAUUCAUGAAUACAAGCAACACUUGAUUAUUUACAAGAUUCUCAACCUCAGUAAAGCAUCAAGGCUCAGGCAAAUGAGGUCUGGCAUAUUUCUCUUUCUUGCUGCAAAUUAAUGUGCUAGUAAAAUGUCUGUAAUAAAAA